GUGUUUUUGUCAUCAUUUUUGUAUACAUACAACAUAUAUAAAAUAAAGAUAUAUAUCCACUUUUUUAUACAAGAAAAUACAGAGAUAUAUAUUAAUAUUUACCACAUAAAUGUUUGUAUAUAUUCUACCUCCUUUCCUCACAGAAAAUAAAAAGUUGUCUGUGAAAGGAGAGGAAAAAAGGUCCCUGCUAAUGGCUGUCAUCUUCAAGGCUAUUUGUGUAUUCAUCUUCCUCUCUCUCCUUGCCAAAGGGGGUUGGGGAUGCUCUAUGGAGGACUUGGCAAUCAGGCAAACUCCAACCGGGGAAAUGGUAAAUGGGAAAAGAGAAUGGAGAGUUAGAAUCAGCAAUGAAUGCAAAAAUUGCACUCAGUUGAAUGUGAGAUUCAAGUGUGGAGGUUUCAAGACAGCUAAAGCCAUCAAACUCACCAUCUUAGCCAAGAUGGGGGCUCAAUGUGUGGUCAAUGCUGGCCUUCCAAUCUAUUCCUCUAUUCCCAUCACCUUCACUUAUGCAUGGGACCCUUUAUUUAAUUUCACCCCUUUCUUCUCCCAAGUUGUUUGUUCCUAGUUUCUUCUCUCCAACUUAUAAUCCUAUGUGCAAAUAAAGAUUGGGGAGUGCUUUCUAUGCUGUG